AAUGUUAAUAUAUUAUUAUUUUAUACUCAUUGAACAUCGUUGAAUUAGAAAGUAAUGAACACAGUAAUAAUUUUAACUCAUAUAUUUAAUAAAUUUCAAUAAGAUAUAAAUUUUUAAAGCCCUUGUUAUGAUUUUAAUUUUUUAUUUGUUAGUGUUUAUUAUUGAUGUUUGACUUUAAAUACUACACAUAUAUCAGUUAAAUUUACAGUUCUAAUACAUUUAUAUUUUAUAUGCCUACAUUGGUGUAUUUAAAAUAAUAUUUUGUUAGUUUUAUGGAAUAGAUUCAUUCAAAUUAAUUUAAAAAAAUGAAUACUCUCGAUGUUAUAUCAUCGUCAUGUGAUUUAUUCAGAAGAGGAAGGUUUACAGAUUGUUGCGACCUUAUUCAAUUGCAUGUUGAUAAUUGUCAUUUACAAAAAAUUACUAUUCAUGACGAAGUUGAGUUUAUCAUUCUUAGAAACAAUUUACUCGUUUGUAAUUCUCUGAGGAUUUUACCAGAAAUUAGUACUGAAUAUGUUGGGAAGAUGACUGAAUUUAUGAAUAUUUCUCAACUGUUUUUAUAUGAAAAACAUAUUCCAUUGGAACUGCGGAUCAAUUUUGUUUAUAAUACUCUGCAUUGGUACUGGUUAAAACCAAUUGACAUUCCUGAUUAUUGUUAUAAUAAAAUAAUGACAUUAGUCAAUGAAUCAUUGCAUGAAGUAUUACAUGAAAAUGGAAAAAGUAUUGUAAAUUUGGGAUCACAUAUCGGCAACGAACAAGAUAUACUUAAUAGCCUUGAAUGCCUGUCCAAUGGGUUUCUUGGUUUAGAGCCAAUACUAGUUGUCCAAUGUUUGGAAAUCUCACAGAUAUUACUAUUAAUUUUUUUGUCUCAACGUAGUUUUACUUCACUCUUAGUAAAUUUUACAAUGGAAUUGAUAAAUCAAGUCAAAACUAUAACAUGCGCUUUUAAAGUUAAAAAACCAAAUCAUGUUGCUAACUGUUUUAAAUUAGGACUUUCAAAAAUCAAUGUUUUUCUGGAUACAGAGCACAUGAGAACAAUAAUUACUAGUGGACAUGUGGCCUUGUGUAUAAGACACAUUUUAGAAAAUCAACAUCAACAAGCCUUGUCCACACUGAACACAAUAGAACAAUACGUGAAUCAAAAUGAUGAAUUUUUUUGUUUGUUGUGCUAUUUAAAGGCUCUUGCAAAUUUCAAUUUAGAACAGUUUGAAAUUACAUUAUGUUAUUUAUCGCAAAUGGUUAAAUGCCUGAUGGAACCGUUUAUUAAAUCAAGGUGCUAUUUAUUGCUUGGAAGAACUCAUUUAAAAAUGGGUAAUAGUGAUUUGGCAAUACAGUCAUUGGAGGAAUUAAAAGAAUCAGAAUUUAAUAAUAUAAUGGCUUAUUAUGUGUCACAGCAUUAUGGAAUGAAUAACAUGCAGUUUAUGCAAAUGGUGGUGUUGGAACAGGCUAUUAAGGGAGAUUUUGAUGGACAUAAAGGGUACGAAGAAUUAUCCAACAGUUACACUACAAAGGUACUUAUUAUUUUACACCCUCAACCAGAUUUGACUAAAAAACAAUUACUUUACUUGGCAGCAAAAAAAAAAUAUGAACAUACUAGUUAUAAUCUAGCAGCUUCUACUUAUUUAAGUAUUUUAAACCUGGAUGAGGUUGAUCAAUAUGUUUCUGACUUGGUAACAAUUCCACCAAUGUUUAUGCUCAAACACGAAGCGGCUGUAGCUCUGUUAAAAGCUCGUAAACCAGAAGAAGCUUUUAAACUAUGUCAAUCUUUGAUUGAAGAAUAUGAACCAGGAUACGGCAUGUGGAAGAGUGGUUCAUUCUGGGCUGAUGAACUGAAUGGUUAUAAUUUUAAUGUAGUUGGAACUAUGUUAUUGGCUGAAACGGGUUUCAAUAAAAAUACUGAUAUGGUUUUGGAAGCGCUAAACAAGUCGUUUAAUUGUCUGUAUGCUAAAAUCAGUUUUGAUUGUCUGACGGAACCUAAUGACCACGAAGAAGAAAGUACAACUUUGCGACGAAUCCUCAUAGGUAAAAUAUUAUUACUUAAAGCAACAAUUUUAAGUAAAUUAAAUAAAGAAGAGGACUGCGAAGCUGCAUUCAAAAAGGCACUUACAUAUAAUACUGGAGAUGAAGAUAUUGUAUAUUUAUAUUCAAAAUGGUUAGAACAUAAAGGGAAGUUAUUAGAAUCAAUGAAGGUUCGUGAUCAAUUUGAUCGAAACAAAAUUAAUACAAUUACGUGUGAUAAUAUUGUUAUGACUUUUGUUUUGGAAAAUAAGCAUGGCCUUGAAGACACAAUAAUUGGUGAAAAUGUGAUGGAUGACUUAUUUGCUAGCCCUGAUGAUAAAUCUAUGGACCUAGACAAUGAAAUGGAUCCAGCUGAUGAUGAUAUUUUUAAUAACUUGUUUUUGGACUAAAAUAAUUUUAAAAAAGAUUUUAGCUGAAACAUAUGUAUUUAUUAUUUUUGAUUUGAGUUUUGUAAUUACUAAAUAAAAACGUUUUUUUUUAGGUUUAUAAUUUAAACAAAUAUUUUUAUAAUUCCAGCUGUCUAUAGUAGAGGGGUUAAAGCCUGUAUAUAUCUGUGUAUCUAAAUACUCAUGAGCUUGAAUACUCAUAUAUUUAAAUAAUGAAAAGUAAAUAUAAUAAAUAAUACAGAGUUUAUUUAUUUUUACAUUAUAUUAUGAUAAAUAAUUAUUAUAUUUUAAGUUUAUCUGAAUUCUAAAUUAUUAUACAGAUGUUUGUUAAAUACACUGAUAUCCACAAGUAUUAAAUACACAGGGUUUAUUUAUUUUUUAUAAUCCGUGUACCUGUGAUAUUUUAAUACCCAUUCACAACCACGACCUCUAGUCUAUGAUAACAUAAUUAUACAUUAAAUGAUAAAUAUUACAUAUACAA